CUUUUGGACCCUAGGCUGCCGAUUUUGACAUAGCUGCUGCUCAGCAAGGAAUCGUCUACAUCGACGAAGUUGAUAAAAUAACAAAGAAGGCUGAAAGCAUCAACCUUAGUAGAGAUGUUUCAGGUGAAGGUGUUCAACAGGCGCUGUUAAAAAUGCUCGAGGGAACGGUUGUGAGUGUUCCUGAGAAAGGGGCUAGAAGGCACCCAAGGGGUGAUAAUAUCCAGAUUGAUACGAAGAAUAUUCUCUUCAUUUGCGGUGGUGCUUUUGUGGACUUGGAGAAGACUAUUUCUGAAAGGAGGCACGAUUCUUCCAUUGGUUUCGGAGCACCAGUUCGUUCUAAUAUGCGGACUGGCAGUGUUAUAAAUGCUGAGAUCACAUCAACUUUGCUGGAAUCGGUUGAAAGUGGUGAUCUCAUUGCAUACGGGUUAAUCCCAGAGUUCGUUGGCAGAUUUCCAGUUCUUGUUAGUCUAUCUUCCCUCAGCGAAGAUCAACUUGUUGAGGUUCUUACAAAACCAAAGAAUGCCCUUGGCAGGCAGUACACAAAGUUAUUUGGAAUGAAUGAUGUGAAGUUGCAUUUUACCGAGAAAGCUUUACGGCUUAUUGCCAAAAGAGCAAUAUCAAAGAAUACUGGGGCUCGAGGUCUAAGGUCAAUUCUAGAGACUAUAUUGACUGAGGCGAUGUAUGAGAUUCCAGAAACACGGACUGGUAAAGACAAAAUAGAUGCUGUUGUUGUUGACGAAGAGUCGGUUGGAUCUGUGAAUCAGCAUGGAUUUGGAGCUAAAAUUCUUUCUGGUGAAGGAGCAUUGGACCUGUACCUGGACAAACAAAAUAAAGAAUCGGUGGUGCGGCAGUCAGAUGGAGAACCAGAGGUUGAUGCUGAGACCCCUUCGAGAGUGGCCAACAUGUAGGGUUCCCCACAAGACUAACUAUGUAUAUAACUUGUUAUCAGCCGCGCAACUGUAGCCAAUUCAAAUGUAAAUUCAUGCCCAUAAAAUUUGUCUAUGUACGAGCCCAGCCUGCCCAUGUUUGGCGGGUGUAAUCUUUCAUGGCAAAUUGGCUUUGGUUCUGCUGCA